UCGUUUUUGGAUCUUGAUGGGGCGCCUUGUUGCAUGGCUCGCUGCUCUCUCGGCGACGGCAACAACCGCAACGACGACAGUCGUGCCGUACCCCAACGAAAGCUCGAGCAUCGAAGUUCUGGAGUACACGACGGCGCAGAUCGACUUGCAGGCCGACCAAGCCGCAGACAUUGCAACGCCGUUCAUCAACCUCGACUACUACGAGUACAACGUUAUCAACGACAAGGCGAGUCCGCAGUACACCAUCAGUCUUCUCGUCGACCCGUGCAGUUCGUCGGGACCAGGCUGCUGUCAAGAUCAGUUUGGCACUCCUGCGUAUGUGGUGCCAGGCUCCAACAUCAACGCCAACGGCGUGGCGUCGCUGCUGGAUGAGUACGGCGCUCCAAUGGCCGCCCGUGUGAGCCGGAUUGGCGAUUUCCCGUCCGUCUUCGACCCCGACUGCCUCGUGGACGCUGGCGGCAAGGUCUACCGCAACACGACCGUGCACGCUGCCGACGGGUCCCUCUCGUUUGCGAUCGACUACGCGUCAACGUGCGUCGACUUGGAUUUUGCGAUCGAGUCGAGUGCAAGCCAGAGCUUUCCUGCCUGCUGGGACAACAAUGGGUCUGUGAAUGCUCUCUCGUCGUGCUACACGUUCGAUGGCCGCGCCAAGCCCCACUGCGUCUCGGUCGCGUACAUGCAAACAGCCUUCAUCAUGCAGUGCAUGGGCGGCUUUGCGCUCGACAAUCACUGCGGCACGUUUCUCGAGCUCCACAAACCCAACGACGAGACGAUCUUGGCGCAAACGCGCCUCUUCGCAGAGCUCCCCAACGGCUACCGGACAACGACGCUCCCCCUCUUCUAUAAGGGCAAUAUGUCACGCACCGUGUGUCUCGGCGAUUACGAGAUUUGGUGGGUGCUGCGUACGCAGUACAAGUUUGUUGUCCAGUACCGCAAGAAACUGCGCGUUGCAAGUCCCGUAUGUGAGUUUGAUUUGGUCACCAACGCCUACCGCGGCUACACGACGCUGAAUGCGUGAAAGAUGAUUGCUAUUGUAUAGAUUCCACUCAGUGUUGUUUUGUACAAGUUGUCUCCCC